GUGUUUGUACCACAGCGAUCACCACGUGGGUCAAUUUGUUUUGUGCUUUAGCCGUUUACUGCCGAAAAUCAAGCAAACUCGACUGUCGGCAACUUUAAUUUUGAACUUCCGUACUUCGAGCGAAGUACUCUCCGUUUUAUUUUAAAUCAACAGACAAUUUUAGAAUCGUGACGGCAUGGCUAAGAUAAAGUCAAAUGGGACUGUGGCGUCGCCGAAGCCCAAUCCGGCCGAAAAGUUCAAAAAGGGCAAGAAGGGCGAAAUGGUCUCCAAAGCUCCCGCCACCCCUCCUACCCCGAAGGCAAUUUUGAACGCCAAAGAACCCAAGAGCAAGAAGGGCGUCGAUAUUCUCGCAAAAAUUAAAAGCGGCAAAGAGUCUUCUUCAGAAGAAAGCGAUGAUGAUGAGGAGGAAGAAGAGGAGGAAACUCCCAAGGUCAAAAAUGGAAGCAAAGCUGCAGCUAAGCAGGCUGAGGAGGAGGAAGAGUCUGACGAAGACGACAGUGAAGAGGAGGAGGAGGAAGCCCCAGCAAAGGCCCCGGCUAAAAAGGUAACCGCUGCCAAGGAAGAGAGCAGUGAAGAAGAAAGUGAAGAUGAAUCUGGUGAAGAGGCCACCACAGUACCUGCAAAAGCCCCUCAAAAGAGUGCUGCUAAAGAGGAAUCUUCAGAAGAAGAAGGAAGUGAUGAUGAGGAAGAAGAGGAAAAUGGAAAAUCCACGCGCCCCUGCACAGAAGACUUCCUGGAAGAGGAACCUAUGAAAUUCAAAAAGGGCAAAGACAGCUUUAAUAAUUCUUCAAAUUCGGGCGGACAGACCUUCCGGAUAUUUGUCGGAUACAUUCCUCAAGCGCCGAAUCACAGUGGCUUAAUGAGUCACCUAGGAGUUAAUGAGAAUGAACUCAAUGACCUGCACAUCAUGAAGCCCCGUUUCGACGAACCUCCUAGACCGAAGGGUUACUGCCACAUGGAGGUUGCUGACGAGCAAACCUUUAAGGCUGUUUUGGCUAAAAACAACACCGAGUUCGAGGGCUGCACAAUGGUCGUCGAAGCCGCGAGACCUCGAGAGAGUGGUGGAGGCGGAUUCGGUGGGAGGGGUGGUGGCUUCGGGGGCAGAGGAGGCGGCGGCGGUUUUGGAGGAAGAGGAGGCGGUCGUGGAGGUGGUUUCCGCGGAGGCGACCGUGGCGGCUUAAGAGGUCGGGGAGGCGGCGGAAGAGGAGGCCGCGGAGGUGGAUUCCGAGGAGGUGACCGUGGGGGCGGCAGGGGCCGUGGUGGCGGCGGCGGUUUUAAGAGGGGAUUUGGAGGAGAUGAUGGCGGACAGAACAAGAGGAUGAGGUUCGACGACUAAGUGUUUUAGGCAGAUAACAAAUGCAUGAAAUUUAUUGUAAAUUGCUAAUUUGAAAUAAUUAAAAGCUACAUUUACAAUAUAUAUCUUAUAUAAA